GGUCCGUGUUGUUGUGGUGUCCGGGGGGAAACAGCUGCUGAGCUCGUCACUUCCGCUUAUUUUAGCUACGGAAGCUGGCAGCUGCUAAUAUCAGUCGUGUCACUCUUGUUUCUCGUUGAUGUUAAUGAAAGAUAUUCGCUUAUUGAUUCGUGUCAUUAAUUAUGAUUUUGUGGGAAGACACUUCCGUGUCAGAGUCCGCGCGUUGACUCUAAUCCCUGAGGGUCCGCGUGACGGGAGCGGUGUGUUUUUAGCCUUCGAGCUAACCACCGAGCUAGCACAGAUGCACAUCUCUUCCUGUGUCCCUCUCUGUUGGUCGUAGCUUCUCCCUCGUUACAGUUUUACUGGUUUAUUUUCCGGAGUAGUAAACAUUGUGUGCGAUUCUUUAUGCAUUCACUUAUUCAUGUGUUUAUUCUGUGGAGUGGAUGAGUGACGGCCAUGGCUCACAGUGCCAGGAGGGACUCCCCGGAGCUCCCCGACUUCUCCCUGCUGAAGAGGCUGGCCAGGGACCAGCUCAUCUACCUGCUGGAACAGCUGCCAGGGAAGAAGGACCUCUUCAUCGACGCCGACUUGAUGAGCCCGCUGGAUCGCAUCGCUAAUGUGUCAACGCUAAAGCAACACGAAGUCGACAAACUCUACAAAGUGGAAUACAAACCUAUCGUCAGCACCUCCGACCAGCUCUGUUUUCUGAUCCGGCCGAGAAUACAAACUGUCAAGUGGAUCUGUGAUGUGGCCAAUGCAGACAAAGCAGCAGGAAGAUUUAGAAGAUACAAGAUCAUCUUCACACCUCAGAAGUUCUACGCGUGCGAGGCGGUGCUGGAGGAGCAGGGCAUCUUCGGCGAUGUGACCACAGACGAAUGGGCGUUCUACCUCCUUCCACUUGACGAUGACAUUAUCAGCCUGGAGCUGCCAGAAUUCUUUCGAGACAACUUCCUGGCGGGGGACCAGCGCUGGGUGAGGACAGCCGGCAGCGCUCUGCACCUCCUGCACACCGUCUACGGCCCCUUCUCAAAGAUCCACGGGAUCGGGCGAUUUUCCAAGAUGGCGUACGAGUCGUGGAGGGAGCAGGUGGAAGAGGGAGAAACAAAAGCUCGUCAGGCGGAAAUAGGGAAAGUUUUUCUUAUCGACAGAGAUGUGGACUACGUCACUCCUCUGUGCUCACAAGUCGUCUACGAAGGACUCGUGGAUGAUAUAUUUAGAAUCAAAUGUGGGUGUGUGGAGUUUGGAACUGACGUCACGUCCUCUGACAAAAGGGUGAAAGUGAUGCUGAACUCUCAGGACAAGGUCUUUGACGAAAUCCGAAACGAGCACUUCUCCAACGUCUUCGGCUUCCUCAGUCAGAAAGCCAAGAACCUCCAGACUGCGUAUGAUAAGCGUCGGGGGAUGGACAUACAGCAGAUAAAGACGUUUGUGUCCGAGGAACUGAAAGGGUUAAAACAGGAGCAUCGGCUCCUGAGCCUUCACAUCGGAGCGAGUGAAUCGAUGAUGAAGAAGAAAACGAAACAGGAUUUCCAGGAGCUGUUGAAGACAGAACACUCGUUACUUGAGGGAUUUGAAAUCCGUGAAUGUAUCACCUUCAUCGAGGAGCACAUCAACCGACAGGUGUCCAUGAUAGAAAGUCUGAGGCUGCUUUGUCUUCUUUCCAUCACAGAAAAUGGACUCCUGCCAAAAGAUUACCGCUCAUUAAAAGCACAGUAUCUACAGAGCUACGGAGUCGACCACCUGCUCACGUUCGCCAACCUGAAGCAGUCGGGGCUCUUGGUGGAGCAGCAGCCGGGCGAAACCCUGACGGUCAUGGAGAGCAAAGUGGGCAAACUGGUCAACGACAAAGCUGCAGGAAAGCUGACCGACGCCUUUUCCUCUCUGGCAAAGAAGAGCCACUUCAGAGCCUUGAGCAAAAAGCUCAACCUGGUUCCCAAGUCAGAUGAAGAAUAUGACCUGCGCGUCCCACGGGACAUGGCCUACAUCUUCAGCGGUGCCUACGUCCCUCUGAGCUGCAAACUCGUUGAGCAGGUGCUGGAGCGAGAUGGUUGGACGGGGCUUGAAGAGGUCACCAGGCUGCUGAACGGACAUGAAUUUUCUGUUACAGGCAGCAGCGGCGGCGAGUUGAGAGCGAAGAACGACGCCCAGCGCAUCGUCCUGGUCAUGUUCCUCGGAGGCUGCACCUUCUCUGAGAUUUCUGCUCUACGCUUCCUCGGCAGAGAGAGAGGUUAUAAAUUCAUCGUGGUAACGACUGCGAUCACAAACAGUUCGAGGCUCAUCGAGACUUUGCUCGACAACCACGCGUGAGGCCCGUCGGCUCACGGUGUCGGUGGUGGUGGUGACGGACUGACAGCCGACACAUUCCUGCGGCUGCUCGUCAUGCAUUCCCUCCACCUCUGGCAUUUCAGACUGGAAAAUGUUCACUUGUUGUCUGUCUGUCAAAAGGACUGAAAAGUAAAAAAUGUUUUAACACUC